AUCAAGAAGUACUACAACAUGGGACUUGGAUAGAUAUUUAUUCAAUCUUCUUGAAAAAAGACACAUUUUUUCUGCAAAAAUAAUUUUGUGGUGAAAAAAUGGCGUCUACAAGUGCUUUCACAGCUGGGAUUUCAAAUCUUCAUAGCUUCAAAAAACCGUGUCCUAAUGCAAAUCAAGUUGGUAUGUGGACUUUAUCAAGACCUGGUUGUCGAAAGGUUUUAGAUAAUCCCAGACCUCUGCAAAUAUGUUCUCUGUUUGGAGGAAAAAAGGACAAUAAUGAGCAGAACAACGAUGCUCCUUCAAAGGCAGGUCUUUUUGGCAACAUGCAAAACUUAUACGAGACAGUGAAGAAGGCGCAAAAUGUGGUUCAAGUUGAGGCAGUGCGAGUACAAAAAGAGCUUGCUUUAGCAGAGUUUGAUGGAUACUGUGAAGGUGAACUAAUCAAGGUAACACUGUCUGGAAAUCAGCAGCCGAUACGCACUGAAAUUACUGAGGCUGCCAUGGCAUUAGGCCCAGAAGGAGCCCUGCGGAGUAUCACAAUAUAUGAAGAUUUGUGCCGAAUCCUUAAAGGGCCUUUACUAUUUUUCUUGUGCAGAAACUCUCACUUCUGAUUACAGAGGCAUACAAGGAUGCGCAUCAGAAAAGUGUACUGGCAAUGAAGGAAAGAAUGAGUGAUCUUGCUCAGAGUUUGGGAAUGCCAGCAGGCCUUGGUGAAGGAUUCAAACAGUAAAAAAAAUUAUCUUCAUGAGUUUCAAUUUUGUAAGCUAGCAGACACUAAGUUUAUUUUUGCAUUAAAAUUAUGAAUACAAUUUUUAUUAUUAUUGUAAUUUAUUGGUAAGAUUAUGCACUGUAGAAACUUUGGAUUGAAAGUUUUAAAUCUUCAAUUUUAUAGUGAAAUAGAAUUAUCAAAGAGUUGGUAUCA